GUAGCUUCGGCGGAAGGGGGCGUUCCCUGGCGUAGGCUCAGACACACCCUGUAGGGCGGAAUAAGCGCCGCCGGACUCCAUCCAUGUGCUCACUUGUCACUCCCACGGCGCCGUCGGAUCUCAUCUGUCCGUUCAUCUCCGCCUGCCUGGGCUGCUCGAUCGGCACUCCGGAGUCCUACCUUGUGAUAACAAGGUUUCUCAGAGCAAGAUGUCGGGAAAAUUCAGCACACAAAAAAAAUGGGCAGCCCUAAAAGACAAGCUGAGCCCUCAGGAGCCAGAAGUGCAGUCAGACGCAAAUCUGGAAAAUGCCGACCCUGAGCUGUGCAUUCGGCUACUGCAGGUGCCCACUGUGGUCAACUACUCUGGACUGAAACGGCGUUUGGAGGGCAGCGAUGACUCUUGGAUGGUGCAGUUUCUGGAGCUCAGCGGUCUGGACCUGCUUCUUGAGGCUCUGGACCGCUUAUCUGGGAGGGGAUGUGCCCGAAUUGCUGACGCCUUGCUGCAGCUAACCUGCGUCAGUUGCGUGCGGGCUGUCAUGAACUCCCCUCGGGGUAUUGAAUUCAUAGUGGAAAAUGAAGGUUACAUCCGUAAACUCUCUCAAGCUUUGGACACAGCAAAUCUUAUGGUGAAGAAGCAGGUGUUUGAACUGCUGGCCGCUCUAUGUAUGUAUUCUCCAGAGGGACACAACUUGGCCUUGGACUCCUUGGAGCAUUACAAGAUUGUGAAGAACCAACUUUAUCGCUUUAGCGUGGUCAUGAAUGAGCUACAGGCAACAGACAAUGUACCCUACAAGGUCAUUCUGAUGAGUGUGAUCAACGCACUCAUCUUGGGAGUAGAGGACCUGCGAGCUCGAGACAAGUUGAGAAAAGAAUUCAUAGGAUUACAGCUCCUGGAUUUCUUACCAAAACUAAGGGAAGAAGAUGAUAAUGAUUUACUAAUUCAGUGUGACACCUUUGAGGAAACCAUGAAUGAAGAUGAAGAGGAACUGAUGAAAAUCUACGGUGGCAUUGACAUGAGCAACCACCAGGAAGUGUUUACUGCAUUAUUUAACAAAGUCAGCAGUUACCCUUCCUCCCUGCACUUUCUCUCAAUACUUCAGGACCUUUUGCAUCUGGGACCAACAAACUUCAACAUAUGGCAGGCUUUAGAAAUCCUUGUAAAUCGAGCCAUGCUGCUAGCUGAAGAUGAGAGCAUAGAGUCUGUUGAAAAUAUUCUGGAAAGAAUGAUGGGCUAUAAGCGGAAACUGAGUCAUCCUAAUGCCACAGAUGACACACCACCAAAGUGUUUUGCUUCUGAAGGGAAAAGAAAGUUGCAAAGGAAUGGCUCAUCCAAGGACAGUGGCUUCCCCUUGCUUGCUGUAUCUCCCCUGGACCAAUCACUGCAGGCUUCUUGCCUGGCGACUGAAGGACGCCCCUCUUGUGUGUCAUCAGAUUCUCAGAAGGAAGUUAUUGUCAAAUCUGUGUCCUCUAACCUGGAUGCCAGGGCUCCUUCCAUUCCAGACACAGCAAUACCACUACCUCCUGCUCCUCCUCCCUUAAUGGGCAUGGUGGUACCACCUCUUCCACCUGGACCUUCCUUACCAUGUGCUAUGAUUCCACUACCUCCUCCCCUACCAAGUACAAUGGUGGUCCCUCCUCCACCUCCAUUGCCAGGUACCAUGGUGCCUCUACCUCCAUCUCCUCCCUUACCUGGUGCUGUAAUACCCCCACCUCCCCCUCCUCCUUUUCCAGGAGCUAUGAUGCCCCUGCCUCCUCCACCACCGCUCCCUCCUCCUUUUCCAGGAGCUAUGAUGACCCCGCCUCCUCCACCACCACCUCCUCCUCCUUUGCCAGGCAGCAUGAUGCCCCCUCCACCACCUCCUUUGCCAGGCAGCAUGAUGCCCCCUCCACCACCUCCUUUGCCAGGUGGCAUGAUGCCCCCUCCACCACCACCUUUGCCAGGUGGCAUGAUGCCCCCUCCACCACCACCUUUGCCAGGUGGCAUGAUGCCCCCUCCACCACCACCAUUUGGUGGAGGAGACAUGAUUGUUGCUCACAGUAGUUACAGUCUUGGAUGUUUUCAGCCAACAGCUUACAAACCCAGCCAGUGCCCAAGUUUAAGAAUGAAGAAGCUGAACUGGCAGAAACUGCCUUCCAGUGUCACCACAGAUGGUCAUUCUAUGUGGGCUUCCAUUCAGAAGUGUGACAGCCCACUUGAGCCAGACUAUUCGUGCAUUGAGCAGCUGUUUUGUCUGCCUGAGGUGAAACCCAAAGAGAAAGAAGCAACGCCUGUUGUCAAAAAGGAGCUGAAAGAGAUUUCCUUUCUUGAUCCGAAGAAAAACCUGAAUUUGAAUAUUUUUUUGAAGCAGUUUAAGUGCUCUAAUGAAGAAGUAAUCAAUCGCAUAAGGUCGGGUGAUAGAUCCUUGUUUGAUGGUGAAGUCCUGAAGCAACUUUUAAAACUUCUUCCCGAGAAGCAUGAAAUUGAAAAUCUGAAGGCUUUCCAAGGAGAGCAAGAUAAACUUGCAAAUGCAGACAGGUUUUACCAUCAGCUCUUGGGCGUGUCAUGCUAUCAGCUAAGGAUUGAGUGCAUGCUACUCUGUGAAGAUACAGCGUCAUUGUUGGAAACAAUGAAGCCAAAGUCAGCACGAGUUGACACCGCCUGCAACAGUCUGUUGGAGAGCACCAGGCUGCCAAGCUUCUGCAAGUUGAUUCUUACAGUUGGAAACUUCCUUAACUAUGGCAGUCACACCGGCAAUGCUGAAGGCUUUAAAAUAAGUACGCUGCUCAAACUGACAGAGACCAAGGCAAACAAGUCUCGCAUCACUCUGCUUCACCAUAUAUUGGAGGAAGCUGAAAAAAAAUACCCUGACUUAAUGAAUCUACCCGAGGACCUGGCCUGCUGUGCUAGUGCCGCCGGAAUCAGCAUUGAAUCAAUCCAAAAUGAAGUGAGCUCCCUCAAUACCCGACUCAGAGAUGCUGCAAAAAAAGUAGUGUCGUCGGUGGAGGACGUCCGGAUGCAGUAUGAAAAAGUCAUAGAGGACAACCUUCAAAAUGCCAAGCAGCUUGAGGACCAGUUAAGUAGUAUUGACGAAAAGAAAAAAGUGUUGGCCAACUACUUUUGUGAAGACCAAAGCCGCCUCUCACUUGAGGAACUUUUUAGCACCAUUAAGACUUUCCGGGAGCUCUUCAUUAAAGCAGCCAAGGAUAAUCAGACCUGGAAGGAGCAGGCAAUAAAAGCAGAGAAGAGAAAGAAGAUGCUUGAGGAGGAGGAAGCAAAAUGCCAGAAAGGAGAAGGCAGUAAAAUAGUUCGGAAAGCCUCCCCAAAGCAAGAAGAAGGCUGCAUCAUUGACUCACUGUUAGCAGACAUUCGGAAAGGCUUCAAACUGAGGAAGACUACCAGAUCCAGAUGCGGGUCAGAUUUGUCUGCUUAUGCAGAAUCCAGAAAAGGAAAAUCUACAAGUUCUUUGGCAAAAGAGUCUUCCGCCUUGGAUGGUGAAGCAAAGCAAGGCACUGAAAUGAAUGGAUCUGGAGUGAAAACAGAGAGUGCUGUUGAAACUUCAGAGAAUGGGACCACCAGCUCACUGAAGUCUGCACCCGAGAUUACUGUGCAAGUCGCUAAUGACAAACCAUUUGAACCUGAUCUUUGUUCUGACGUGACAGUGCCUACUAUAAGAAUGGAACAAAACAAUAACAUUGAAUCAACACUAAAUCUGGAAGGGGGUGGCAUGAAGCAACUGAAGGCCGACGGAGACCUGUGCAGCCAUCAGAACGCCGACAUCACACCUAACACCAACACGGUAUCGACACCUGUAGAACACAGUGAUAUUGUUGAAGCGAAAAGUGACGAGAUUUUGCCAGCUGAAGCAGGUGUGAAUAAUGAAGGUGACAAAAUUGAUGAAGAGGACACGGCAUGUGUGGACUGUGAUGACACCGAAGCCCUGCAGAAUAUAGGUCAGGAGCCAGAAUCAGUGGAGACAGAUGCCUGUGACAGCCUGCAACCUGUUGACACAUCUCUAGAAGUGACAGCUGUCGACGAUUUAGGGGGCAAUGUUAACCAUGUGCCAGUACCCAUGGGUCUGACAUUGUCACCUCAUCGCCAUUCAAGGAACAAGAAAAAAAACAGUUCAGUUACUUGUAAAGAACACGGACACAUGUCAAAAAAGGGUUGUGUGUUACAGUAAGGGAGUCCAAGAAAGAAAGGUAAAGGACAUGAAAAAACGAAACGGAUAUGUUAGAGCAGAGUGGAUGGACGGAUGGACGAACAGCUGCUUUGAUGUUCUGCAAGUGGACAACAGUGUUCAAUAUUAUCGUCUCUGCUUUAAAGCUCUGCAAAAAUAAAAGCAUCAAUGUCUACAAAUCCACUAAAAGAAAUGUGAGGAUGAGUGACGUGAAGGACUGUAUUGAUGGGGCCCAAGCAACACGCAGGCGAGGAAGCUUUUGUUCACCCAGGAGUAGCAGAGGCGUCUUGUUGCUUUGCAGCAGCAGAACCAAGGAAAUGUAUAAACUGCCAAUGUUCACGAUUUUAGCACUUUAGCUUUUACUGACCCAAACAUGCAUGCUGCCAAUGGCUUCUUUCACAGUUGGGAGAUUUCUAAAGUUGGAGCGCUAGAAACUGAAAGCUUGGGCAGAAUUACGUGGGUUCUGCUUAGGUUUUUCAGUUCUCCUGUGCCAUCCGAACUGGGUAGGUCAAAAGUUGUGGAGCCUUCUACAAGAGGAGUUUCACUGGAUUUGUGCUUUUUUUUUUUUUUUCUCAUUACCACGUAAUCUGAAAUUCAUUUUCUUACGAUGCUUUAAGGACAUGUACUGUGGUUAUUUUGUUAAGCUGAUGUGUUCAAAAUGUGUUCAGAAUCUCUUAUGUUAUGAUAUCUUGCUAGGGUAACUUUCGCAAGUUCAGUGUGAAAAAAAUGUACAUGUCCAAUUCUUGUAAAAAAUGUGUAAAUGUAAAAUAUAUGUAUGCGCUGUAUGUGUAUGUGCAGCCUGUUUAA